CGGAUAAACGUCAACGCAGCAAGGCCGUGAAGGCGUCGGUCCGUCGUUUUCAAGUUUCAAGUUGAUUAUCCUUUCGUCGUCGUCCGGUCUACGAUUUAACUCUGCUGCAGGUGCCUAGUGUCCCCGAUGACGUCGUCUCAGGAUGCCUGCUACAUUUCCCUGUUGGGGCUGGCGGAGUACUUCCGCACAUCGUCUCCUCCGAACAUCAAGAAGUGCAUUCAGUGUUUGCAGGCUUUGUUUACGUUUAAGCCCCCUUUGAAGGUAGAAGCCCGAACCCACUUGCAGCUGGGCCAGAUCCUGAUGGCCUACACCAAGAAUACGGACCUGGCCCGGAACCAUUUGGAACAGGCCUGGAUGCUGUCGGAGAAUAUUAACAACUUUGACGAUGUGAAGUUCGAUACCGCCAGCCUGUUGGCCCAGCUGUACCAGCAGCAGGAGCAGAGUUCCUUGGCGAAACCGGUGCUCCGGAAGGCCAUCGAGCUGUCCCAGCACAACGUUUACUGGCAUUGUAAGCUGCUGUUUCAGCUGGCUCAAACGCAUGCAACAGACAAGGAGUACACGCUGGCAUCGGAGCUCCUAGCCGUGGGUGUGGAAUCGACCGAUGAAUCCAACGCAACCUAUCUGAAGUCGUUAUUUCUCCUUAGCCGGGCUAUGAUAUUGAUGAUCGAACGGAAGAGCAACGAAGUGUUAGCUAUUCUGAACCAAGCCGGAACGAUCAUAGACAAUUCGAUUCAGAACAUCCAUCUCAAGGAGUAUUUGAAGGUGUUUUUCUUCGUGCUUCAAGUUUGCCACUAUUUGCAGCUCGGACAGGUCAAGACUGUUAAGACCAGUUUGAAACAACUGCAACAGAGCAUUCAGACUAUUAUGGCCCCCAACUGGCCCACCGAUGAACAAAUUUUCGGGCAAAAUAGCACCGAAAUGUUCAUGUGGCUUCCGAAAGAGCAACUGUAUGUGCUGGUUUAUCUGGUUACGGUUUCUCAUUCGAUGAUGGCCGGUUACAUGGACAAGGCUCAAAAGUACACCGAAAAAGCACUGACUCAAAUUGAGAAACUUAAAUCUCAGGAAAAUAAACCCAUCUUAGCCGUGUUUCAAAUUAUCCUGCUAGAGCACAUCAUCAUGUGUCGCCUAGUGAUGGGCAACAAAUCACUUGCCAUCAAGGAGAUUGCCCUGGCCAAAGAUGUGUGCCUCACAUCACCGAACAAAAUUCUUCUGAAAAAGCAUUCCGCCCAGCUGCACUGCCUGUUAGGGCUCUACUCCAUGUCUGCCAGUUUGUUCGAUCACGCCGAACGACAAUUUUACAGUUGCAUUCAGGAAACGUCGGAGCGGGAUUUGAAGCUGUUUGCAAACCUCAAUCUGGCAAUAGUUUAUCUCAGGAUGAAACGAGAACAAGAAUUGCGUCAGAUUUUGGACCAGGUGCAGCAGGAGAACUCCCAGUGCUCUAACAGCCAAGCACUGAUGGGAAGUUUUUACUAUGUUCAAGGUUUAAACGCAUUCCACAAGAGCAGCUUCCAUGAAGCCAAGCGCUUUCUCCGAGAAACGUUGAAAAUGGCAAACGCAGAAGACUUGAACCGACUCACGUCCUGCUCCCUGGUUCUACUAAGUCACGUAUUUCUCAGCAUCGGCAACUCCAAGGAAAGCAUGAACAUGGUCACUCCGGCAAUGCAGCUCGCCUCGAAAAUUCCCGACAUUCACGUUCAACUGUGGGGCAGUGCCAUACUGAAGGAUCUGCACAGGAUGCUCAAAGAGCCGGCUAUGGAAACGGAAGCGUACAACAAUCAUUUGAACUUUUCCCAGAACCUGAUUGCCGACCAGCUUAAGUGCACAAAGUUCCCGGAGCACACGCUCAUCAAUUGGAUCCAGGGAGAUCCACCGCUUCCGAUGCUAUCCCAGGAGCUGGUUUCUCCGGAACAGCCACCGGCAACAGCUACCGUCGUUCGGGUUCCCGGGCAGCCAGGUCAGCAGGUUAUCUAUCAAUGACUGACAAAAAGGUAAUUUUUUCCAAUGUUUUGACUACGAGUGAAAAAUGUGUUUAUCAAUAUAGACUGUCUGGUAAUCAGAAGAGUA